CCAUGCCACUCACAGGCCUCUUCUGUUUUUUUCCAUCUUCUUGUUGAGUGUUCCUGGCUCUGUGCUUCCUCUUGACCCAUCUCACUUCCUGAAACGCCCCCUGAAGAGCACCUCUUAUCUUGAUGGAGUCUGAGUAGUGGUGGAGGAGCAGGGGAAGGCAGAAGCUUUGAGCACAUCUGCCUGGAGGAACUAAAAGGAGCAGCACUUUCACAAUCAGCUCAUACAGAACUGUCCUCCUGGCUGCUGGGAGCUGGACAUGUGCAAUCUGAAAAAGGACUUGAGAGUGAGUGACCUGUGAGGGACUCUUUCUAAGACAGCGUUUUCAUAAGAACAUCAACACAGAAAAGAGCAGAAGUGGUGGAGCUUUAGACUAUUGGUGCUGCAUCUUGACCUCUGGCAAGAUGUCAGGCAAGAGCUAGACUCACUGGUCCACAAGGAUCCAGCUGGUGCAUCAGUUACCUGGGAGGUUCCUCAGGGGAAACAAGAUGCCCAUCAACAGCACCACCCUGUCGCUGACCAGCAUCACCUACAUCAGCAUGGAGAUCCUCAUCGGGUUCUGUGCCAUUGUGGGUAACGUGUUGGUCAUCUGUGUGGUCAAGAUGAACCCCAGCCUGCAGACCACCACUUUCUAUUUUAUUGUUUCUCUUGCCCUGGCUGACAUUGCUGUUGGGGUGCUGGUUAUGCCUUUGGCUGUGGUCAUCAGCCUGGGCAUGACCAUCCACUUUUAUAACUGCCUUCUCAUGACCUGCUUGCUGCUGAUCUUCACCCAUGCCUCAAUCAUGUCCUUGCUGGCUAUUGCUGUGGACCGGUACCUGCGGGUCAAGCUCACUGUGAGGUACAGGAGGGUCACUACUCAGAAAAGAAUCUGGCUAGCCCUGGGCCUUUGCUGGCUGAUAUCACUCUUGGUGGGACUGACUCCCAUGUUUGGAUGGAACAUGAAACUGACCUCAGGACCCAACAGGAAUAACAGUGUCCUUAUCUGCCAAUUCCGUUCUGUUGUGAGGAUGGACUACAUGGUGUUCUUCAGCUUCUUCACAUGGAUUUUCAUCCCCCUGGUUGUCAUGUGUGCCAUCUACCUAGACAUAUUUUAUAUCAUCCGGAAUAGACUCAGUCAGAAUUUCUCUAACACCAAAGAGACAGGUGCAUUUUAUGGAAGGGAGUUCAAGACUGCCAAGUCUCUGUUCCUGGUUCUAUUCUUGUUUGCUUUGUCCUGGCUGCCUCUCUCCAUCACCAACUGUGUUCUCUACUUUGACGUUGAGGUACCACCAGCUGUGCAGUUCUUGGGCAUUCUGCUGUCUCAUGCUAAUUCCAUGAUGAACCCCAUCAUAUAUGCUUGCAAAAUAAAGAAGUUCAAGGAAACAUAUCUUUUGAUCUUCAGAGCCUGUAUGACCUGUCAGCCUUCUGACUCCUUGGACUCAGGUACUAAGCAGAGUUCUGAGUAGUUACCCAUGAAAGACAGCUCUCUGUUGCUACAAACUUCAGGCUCAGUACCAGCAAACAGUUAUAGCCUUUCCUCCUGGGCUGAGGACUUUUUUUUUUUUUUUUCAUACCAGAGCACUGCUCAACUUUGGUUUAUAGUAGUGCUGAGAAUUGAACCUGGGACCUUGGAACCUCAAGCAUGAAAAUCUUUUUUCUAUAACCAUUAUGCUAUCUUCCCAGCCCUGCCUUUCACAUCAUUAAUUCUCCCCACUAGAGGUGUGUGUGUGUUGGGGGAAGAUAUUUGGCCAUAAGUCUCCAAUGGUACUUUCUUUUUUUUUCUUUUUUUCUUCUUUUUUUAAAAUUUCUUUAUUGGAGAAUUAAUGUUUUACAUUCAACAGUAAAUACAAUAGUUUGUACAUGCAUAAAAUUCCCCAGUUUCCCAUAUAACAAUACAAACCCCACUAGGUCCUCUGUCAUCCGAUACUUUCUAUUACCUUCUUCCUUUCAUUCAAUUUUUCCCCCUUGUUCUUCUCUAGUUCUGUUUUCUGAUUUCUUGACUGGAGGAUAGUAUUCUGAUUUUUAUUACUGCCUAUGUCCCUCCUUCCCAAAUGGAAAGAGAAGUCCUGAAGACUGAGGUCCUGAAGAUGCCUUCCUAACUUGCCAACAAAAAACCCCAGCCAGGUAGGACAUGGAACUGAGCAGAAAGCCCUGCUCUUAUUAGAUGCCCAGAAGACAGAAGAAAUGGAAUCAGUGAGCUGAGUGCCAGGGGGACUUAGACUGCUGAAUUCAUCUCUAAAUGUACUGGAGUAAAUAAAAAACAAUAGCUAA